AUGUCUUCGUCGACAACAUUUUCAGGCAGAGACUCUCACAAGCGUGUAACAACUAAGACUAACCCAGGAUUUCUGGAACGAUUAAGUGACACUGCGGGAGGAACGUUUGUUGGUGUUGGACUGUUUUUCCUCUCCAUCCAUAUUCUUUUCACCAAUGAGGGACGGGCUCUGCGGACAGCGUCCUCUCUGGAUGAAGGACUCGCUCAAGUGGUGUCACUAGAAACUUCAGCCAGCCUUGACCUCCAGAACGACAACCGCUUGGUGCAUCUGUCUGCACCACUGCACACUUCAAAGCCUUUACAUGACCCCAACUACAAUGUAGCAGUGCAAGCUGUAAAACUGAAGAGAGAGGUGGAGAUGUAUCAGUGGGUGGAGUACCAGGAGAGCAGAGACUAUCAAGAGAACGGUGAAACUAAAACUGAGACCACAUACACCUACAAUACCGAGUGGAAAACCGAGCUGAUCAACAGUCGCUCUUUUGAUAAAGAAAUUGGUCACCAGAACCCAAGCGCCAUGGCAGUUGAGAGCGUGACUGUUGUAGCUCCUCAAGUCCAAGUUGGACCUUUUACUCUCUCUCAAGGACUGGUAGAAAAAAUUAAUAACUUCCAGACACUGAGCCUAAAGGAUUUGAAUUCCUAUAAGUCGGACCCUUUCUUCACCAUCAGUGAUGAUUAUUUUUAUCACACUCGGCAGCCAAAGAGACCAGAGGUCGGAGAUGUCCGCGUGCAAUUCUUCUUCGCAGGAACAAGUGGUGACACUAUCAGCGUCGUAGCCAAGCAGAAAGGAGAGAAGCUGCUACCUUUCAAAACCAAGUCCGGAGAUGUUUUGGAGAUCUUGUACCUGGAUGAUCUCUCCGCAGAGGAGGUGUUUGCAAAGGAGCAGCAGUCCAACAGCAUGAAGACGUGGGGACUUCGAGCUGCUGGAUGGGCCCUCAUGUUUCUUGCCAUUCAGUUGACCAUGCGCAUCAUCUACACGCUGGUGGACUGGGUUCCUAUCCUCAGAGACCUUGUUUCUGUGGGGCUGAAGAUCUUCGCCUUGUGCGUGUCCUCCUCGCUCUCCCUCCUCACCAUCGCAGCCGGGUGGUUCUUUUACAGACCCCUGAUGGCGGCCGCUCUGGGAGCUUUAGCGUUUCUUCCCAUGCUCCUUGCACGUUCGAAACUCCCAGCCAAAAAGGAACUGUGA